AAACUUUAACGUGAAGUCUUAGUUAUGAUUUCUUACGUUGUGUUGUGCGCAAUGUUUCUGACUGUAAUAGCGGAGGAACCGCACUGCUCAAAAUAUGAUUUUGAAGAAAAGAUUCUGGAGAAAUUAGUUAGAAUGGAAUACCAGAUGGAAAGAAUGAAAAUUGAAGGUCUUGAAAGAGUUAAGAGCAUGGCAAAAUCUAAGACUGAGGUAGCCACUGCUCUAGAAACCUUGGACCAAAGUGUGGCUGAGAUUAAAAGCAAACUUGAAGAAAAGUCUGCCGCGUUUGAGCAGAAAAUGACAGACACUGUUGGAAAAAUGCUGAAAAGAGUUGAAGAUGUUGCAGAAGCAUCAACAAUACCGAAGAUAGCGUUCAAGGCACGCCUUAAUUCAGACAUGUCUGUUACUAAGGGAGUUUACAUUGUUUUCCCUACAACAGCGUUGAAUGAGGGCGACGCCUAUGACCCCAGAAGUGGUAUAUUCACCGCACCUAUUAAUGGAACAUACAUGUUUAAUGUUAUCUUUUGUUUGUCCUCUGGAAAGAAUUUGUAUAUUGAUAUCAUGGUGGAUGACACGAAGACGGCACCUGUAAUAUUCCGGAAUUCAGCCAACAAUGCUUGCCACUCAGCUGUUACUGUUGAAGUCCUCACUACUGGUCAGAGGGUUGGGAUCCAAGUGUUGUAUACCCAAUCAGGCAAUGUCAUUGAUCAAGAUUCUGGCAGAUGGAACACAUUCUCUGGAACUCUGCUUCAUACUAAUUAAGAAACUCAGUUAAACGCAUAUCAAACGGAGAAAACUGAUGCACUGUGUAUUUGUGUGUGUGUGUUUUUCAGUCACCAAUAUGCCAUUAUAGGGAUUGUUCACUCACUUUUUAUUCUCAUUAUCAUAUAACGUACUAAACAUUUUAUCUGCCUUUUCUUAUCAGGUACGAGGUACUUUGUUUACAUUACAAAGGUGGAAAAAAACAGAGAGUGUUGCUUAACUAGACAAGAGAAAAUAUUAUGUCAAAAUAUUUUGUCUGCCUUGAAGUCUGUCUUGUUAUAAAUGUACAUGUACAUGCAAUAGUACAGUCCAGUAUAUAUUGUAUAUAAUUGUAUAUACUCAUUGUGUCUGAACUACUUUUAUAUACCUGCAGACGACGAAAUGUUUGAUAUUUUGGUCGAAAGCUAAUAAAUCAAAAUGUGUGACCUUAAUCGAGAGGGCUCUCAAUAUUGUGUAGAUAUAUUUCAUCAUAAUAAAAGUGAAGUAUA